CCUGCAGUGAACACACGAUGGCGACACAUGGCUAAUCGGAGCCAUGUGGCUCCUGUGGUCUCUCCAGUGAAGUUUGUAGGAAGGAUUGCACUCAGUUGAAGACAGAGAUAGAGAGGGGGAAAGUGUGCUGGGCUCCAGCGAGGAGGAAAGAGACAGAAACCAGGAGAAACGGAGACAACUUUCUUCCAGACUCUCACAUUAUUUCAUCGAGAGGGUUGUGGUGCGCUUUGUAAGAUCAGCUGAAAAAAGUGCACAAGUUAUCAAGGCACCACAUUUUGAGUCGCUCAAUUUUUGUGGAGGGGCUCGAAAUUAAAUUUUGAGUGAAGUGGAUGUGAAAAGCGGGCGAAGGUUUAACACAGAGCCGGAGGAAUGUAUCCAACUUGGGCAGCGGCGAGCCAGCGUCUCUGGAGAUGUCCAGCCUGCGCUCUCUGGAUCGCCCUGCUCCUCCAAAGUGUCCUGGACCUGAGCGCGUCUGGGACUGAGUUUCCCCAAGACCCCAGUGUGAUAGCUACCACUUCAUGGAACACUUCUAGUGAUGGGCCCUUCUUCAUCCGUCUUGAAGCUCCCAUGAACAACAUCACCACCUCUCUGGGCCACACAGCCGAGCUUUUCUGCCGCGUGUCCGGUAACCCGCCGCCCACUGUGCGCUGGCUGAAGAACGACGCCCCAGUGGUGCAAGAGCCACGGAGGAUCUCGUACCGAUCCAUGCCUUACGGAUCACGCCUCCGCAUCCGCAACCUGGACACUACUGACACGGGCUACUUCCAGUGCGUGGCCACCAACACCCAGGGUACUGUGUCCACGACGGGUGUGCUCUUUGUCAAAUUUGAUCCACUCCCUACAACUCUGGCAGGAAGGCCAACGGAGGAUUUUGAUGAAGAGGGAUUCUGCCAGCCGUACAGAGGUAUAGCCUGCGCCCGCUUCAUCGGUAACCGCAGCAUCUUCGUUGACUCGUUGCAGAUGCAGGGCGAGAUCGAGACCCAGAUCACAGCGGCCUUCACCAUGAUCGGGACAUCCAACCAUUUGUCCGAUCGUUGCUCCCAGUUUGCCAUCCCUUCUCUCUGCCACUUUGCCUUCCCGACAUGCGACCGCAGCUCUGGAACCGACAAACCUCGGGACCUGUGUAAGGACGAGUGUGAGAUCCUGGAGAACGACUUGUGUAAGACAGAGUAUAUCAUCGCCCGCUCAAACCCCAUCAUCCUGAAGAGACUGAAGCUGCCAAACUGCGAGGAUCUGGCUGCCUUUGACAGCCCCGAGGCUGCCAACUGUCUGAGGAUCGGCAUCCCUAUGGCCGAGCCCAUAAACAAGAAUCACAAGUGUUACAACAACAGCGGGGCAGACUACAGGGGGACGGUCAGUAUGACCAAGUCGGGCCGUCAGUGUCAGCCGUGGAACUCCCAGUAUCCUCACAGCCACACCUACCUGGCCGUCCGCUACUCGGAGCUAAACGGAGGACACUCGUACUGCCGCAACCCUGGGAACAAACUCGAGGCCCCCUGGUGCUUCACUCUGGACGAGGGGGUCCGCAUGGAGCUCUGUGAAAUACCCGUCUGUGACCAUAAAGACAAUUCUGGUGGCAGCAACAUGGAGAUCUUGUACAUCCUGGUUCCCAGUGUGGCAAUACCGUUAGCCAUCGCCUUGCUCUUCUUCUUUAUUUGUGUGUGCCGCAACAACCAGAAGUCCCCUAGGCCUCCUGCUCCUCGUCAGCCCAAACCGGUCCGAGGACAAAACGUUGAGAUGUCCAUGCUCACAACUGCAUACAAGCCAAAGAGUAAGGCCAAAGAGCUUCCUUUGUCGGCUGUGCGUUUCAUGGAGGAGCUUGGAGAGUGCACCUUGGGGAAGAUCUACAAGGGUCACCUGUAUCUGCCGGGCAUGGACCAGGCACAGCUCGUGGCCAUUAAGACCCUGAAGGAUGUCUCCAAUGCCCAGCAGUGGGCUGACUUCCAGCAGGAGGCCACAGUGCUGACGGAGCUGCAGCACCCGAACGUGGUGUGCCUGCUGGGUGUGGUGAUUCAGGAGCAGCCUGUCUGUAUGCUGUUUGAGUUUUUGCCCCAAGGCGACCUCCACGAGUUCCUCAUCAUGCGUUCACCGCACUCUGACGUUGGCUGCAGCAGUGAUGAGGAUGGCACGGUGAAAUCCAGCCUGGAUCAUGGAGACUUCCUGCAUAUGUCCAUACAGGUGGCAGCUGGGAUGGAGUACUUGGCCAGCCACUUUUACACCCAUAAAGACCUUGCAGCUCGGAACAUUCUAGUAGGUGAACAGCUCCACGUCAAGAUCUCCGACCUGGGUCUCUCCAGAGUUAUCUACUCCUCAGACUACUACUGCAUUCAGCCCAAAACUCUGCUUCCCAUCCGCUGGAUGCCCCCCGAGGCCAUCACUUACGGAAAGUUCACUACAGACUCGGACAUCUGGUCGUUCGGAGUUGUGCUGUGGGAGAUCUUCAGCUACGGUCUGCAGCCCUAUUACGGCUUCUCCAACCAGGAAGUGAUGGAGAUGGUGAGAAAGAGGCAGCUGCUGCCCUGCCCCGAGGACUGUCCACCAAGGUUUUAUGGUUUGAUGACUGAAUGCUGGCAGGAGGGACCAACGCGUCGAACGCGCUUCAAGGACAUCCACGCCCGCCUGCGAGCCUGGGAGGGGCUGUCAUCCCACGCCAGCUCCAGCACGCCCUCUGGUGGCGGAGGCAACGCUACCACCCAGACCACCUCACUCAGUGCCAGCCCCGUCAGCAACCUCAGCAACCCCCGCUACGCUGCUGCCGCGGCUGCUGGGUACCUAUACCCAGCCCAGGCUAUUCCGUCACCGGGCCAGAUGGGCCAGAUUCAAGCCUGGACACCCAUGGCUGUAACGCAAACCCACCAGCGCUUUAUCCCUGUCAAUGGAUACCCCAUCCCGCCAGGAUACGCAGCUUUUCCAGCCCACUUCCCUCCCCCGGCCCCACCUACCAGGGUCAUCCAGCACCACCUGCCCCCUCCCAAAAGCCGCUCACCCAGCAGCGCCAGCGGCUCCACCAGCACGGGUCACGUCAGCGGAGUGCCCUCCACCACGGGCUCUAAUCAUGAUGCCAACACACCGCUGCUCUCCCACUGCAUCAUGCCGGGGAGCGGUGGAGGGCCGAUUCAGGUGUACGGACAAGUUUGCCAGAAGGGAGUGGGACAACUGGACCACGCAUCACAAACAGCGCUGCUCGCUGCUGAUGCUGACGUACUGAUGUACAACGACUCGGUCAUCACCGCAGACCUGUAGAUAGAUAGAGACAUACUCACACGCUUUCUGCUCGGGACCCACAUUUGUGAAGUUUAGCCUCUCACACAGGGACCCAGUCUUCUACUCUGGUCACAUGGAGACCCAACAGAAACUGGCCUGUACGCACAUUUGUGUGUGCAAGAAACAUUGCCACAGCUACACAAGUAUAUACACAGCUGUCUGACUUGUUAAUGCCUUUUUGUUUAAAGCAUGUGUACUUACCACCAUGGUUUGAAAAUGUCGUGCUAUUAUUUUAACCUCUGUGUAAAUACGCUACAUAAGUCCUGAAUGAAUGAGUGAAAUACAAAGAUAUAUAUUCAAAAGAACUUUUUAUUAAGGAAUAAACUUUAAAGGUGAAAAAAUAGCAAGUCCACCCUGCAUCCUAAGAAAUGUUUUUUUUGGUAUCACAAUCUGACAAAAUGUUCCUGUGUCAAUGACCGAGUUAACGGACUGUUUCAUGCAGGAUGUGAAGGAAACACUGACACUCAUACCGUGACCUUUUGGUGCCUUUCAGCAGUGGUGCGACUUGCUUGUUUCUGGACGUAUAAAAACACAAAAAUGUGCUGUACGUGUGCUUGUACAGUAAAAGAAACUGCAUUUAGCAAUUGAUAACCGAGCGAACAAAAAUGGGAACAACAGACUGAAACAAACAGGAGGUUUAGCAGCUUUAACUGAGAAGACUAAAACAGGUACAGGUGAUAAUUUGGCUAAAAUACUCAUCCAGGCACUGAGAUCUGGCAUUUUCACGCAAAAUCCCUUCGGUAGUGACACCUGAAUGUUUUUUGUGCAACUCAACAUCUGACACUAUUGCAACAUUGACAGGUCAUUUUGCCUUUUUCAAAUUUCAGUUUACAGCUUCCUAGGCUGGGGAAGCAGGGAGUACUUCUGAUUGGACAAAAAAACUCUUCAUCGGCCUUUCUUUCUCCCUACAUUCCUCUCUCUCUCUCUCUCUCUCUCUCUCUCUCUCUCACCUUCAAUGGGGAUCCCUUCAUCAUUUCCCCCUCCUCCUUUACUCCGGCGUACCGUCUUCCACCCUCCGAGUGGACAUGGCAUUUAACUUCAAAAGCUGGCUGCAGAGGACCCCCCUACAGAUCUACAAAUAAAACCACACAUCGCUCAUAUCCUCCACAGCUAAACUGGACUGGUCUCAGGGUAUAAACAUUUCACUCACCACACAAGCGCUGGGGUCAAUUUACUGUCAGUGAAAUUUUACCCUCACAAAAGAACAUUUUUAUUGUAAAUUGGAUAUGGAGUUUUAAUUUCUAUAGGAGAGUUUUUCCAGUAUUUGAAUUUUGAAGGAACUUGAAGAUCUUUUUCACAGAGCUUAUCUUCAUGUCUUUGCACUUUCCUUUCAGCAUCCGUGUGAAUGAAAGUACUCAAAACAGGGAGGGUUAACACAAGGCUCAUAGUAGAUAACGUUACUAUGGCUGUCCCUAUUAGUCGAUUAGUUGACUAAUCGCUCCUUUUAGUCUUAGUCAAGUAAGUUUAUUUAGUAGAUUAGUCAUUUUUUAAAUGCUUUUUCAUGCUGAAUGACUUAUUUCCAAGAAACGUAUGAGCACAUAUUUGGUAAACACCAGAUUUAAAGUGCUGCUUUAGCAUGAUUCUUUGUGGAGAACUCAGUUUUACAAAUCUGUUGAAUUAAAUCAGCUUAUCGAUUAGUCGAUAAAAUCACAUCAUUGUGUGUCAAUUAAGAAUUAAUUUAGUGGAGGACAGCCCUAAAUGUUACCAUUACAAAAAUCAGCCUCAUGUACAUGAAUAUAGUAUGUUUGAUGCGCUUACGUUUACGCCACUCUGUGCCUGAAGAGAAGAAAGUUUAACCUAAAAAAAGGAUAAUUUUCAUGAGCUGGGGACAGACUGUAUCGCUGUAUGCAGAGAGAUUUAUGUAUGUUGCUUUUAUUUGAAUCUAUAUCAGUCAGUAUCAUGAAAUGAAUGGUAUCCGUAAACACCUGCUGGUGCCAACUGUGCUGACAUGUAGGGGAUCCCAACAAGGGUAGGUGCAGAUUUUAAAAGUAAAAACAAAAUAAAUACGCCCAUAUUGUUCCCUUGUGAGUCUCUAAAAUUAUAGCUGUAUUUAUUUUUCAAUGUGUCCAGCAGCAGGUAAUCAUAUACGGUUUUGGAGGUUUUUCCUUAAAUAUCAUUUUGUGAUAUGAAGAAGUUUUUGGUAAAUGGUUAAUAAUUCACAGUUCUAUAAUCACACAAAUGAUGCCUUAGCUGUCUGUUAUUGUCUGUUUUGAUGAUGGUUGAUUAGAAGCAUGGCUAAAUAUGAAGCUUUUGUUAUUUAAAAACGACAACAUGUAGAUAAUAGAAACGGCUGCAGUAACAGAACAGUUUGAGAUCUGGUGUUACCUUCUGUGUAGUAGACAAUCAUUGGUUUUGAAUGGUCGUAAAAGUGUCCCAGAUAUAUUGCAUUGUUUUAAUGAUAACGUUUUUAAGUUGACAUUUGUGGAAUGUAGAUAGACAAGACUGUAUUAUGUUAAGUAUUUAGUUCAUGUACCCUUAAACCCUUCAAACCGUGGCUACGAUCUGACUACUCACUACAUGAAAAGCAGCUGCUCCAAGCCACUGCAUACUAAAAUGAAAAUAAUUCAGAUUUAGAUUAGACUGAACUUUAGUUUACCCUGAAAAAAAUUUUUCAAACCAACUAUGGUCAACAGAAGCUGAUUGUCUGCUCUUAGCAAAAUGAAGGGAUACGAUUGUGAUUUGUUCCUCUUGUCAAAUCUAGUCCAAGAUUGUUUGAUGCAUUUUAAGUUAAUUUUCCCAUUGAGGUUUUAUUUCAUUGCUGUCUUUUGUCUUUUUACCUUUUGUUCCUCUGAAGCAGAUCGAGCUACCUUUGCAUCUGAGUUUGUACACGUGACCUCCAUCCAGCAUGUAAAUUGUAAAAACAAUGAUUUAUGUUCACUUAUAUAGCAGUGCAAAAACCACUUGUACACAAGACUGUGAAUCUUAAAUCAAGUCUAGGUAUUUUUGUAUUUGGCAAAGAAAAUCAUUACUGUGCCUUUAUUUGUUUUUUUAUUCUAGAUCCAUUUAUAAAACAAAAACAAAAUACAAGUACUAUUUUAUUUCAAUAACAGUGUACCCAUUACAGAAGGUUUACAUGCUUAUCCUUUUGACCAAGAGCGGCCUUGUCUUUGUAUUUUGUCUAAAUAUUUUUGCACAGAUGUUUUGUAUUGCAAAAUCAUUUAAUAAAUGAUAUUGUUUGGUUAA